AUGAAGAAGAUUCCUUUCCAGCCGGCACGGUCGCAUCCCGUGCCGACUAAUAGAGUGAGAGCUUCGUUCAUCCUCCGCCAAUCCCACGUAAAAAGCCUCAAGAUUCGGAUUUCGCCGUCGCUUCGCAUCUCCACCUUCGCGGUUGCUUCGGCGUACAUCUGGACUUCCUUGGCGAAAUGCGGAAGCGGAGGAGGAGGAGACGAGGAUGAGGUGUUCUACUAUCUGGCCGACGGGAGGGGGCGGCGGAACGCGCUGUUUGAUCCUCCCGUGCCGAAGAAUUACUUCGGGAAUUGCUUGGGCGCUGGGGUGGUGAGGCUCGAGAGUAGGAAGCUGGCGGCGGAGGAUGGAUUUGUUGUCGCGGCAAAGGCUAUUGAUGAUGAAAUGAAUAAAAUCUACGACGGAGACGAGUUUCUUAUAAAGCCGGAAAAUCGGCUGCCGAUUGUGUUGUCGAAUUGUAAGGACGUGAGGAUGUUGCUGGCUUCUGGCUCGCCGACAUUCGAGUUCGCGGAGGUGGAUUUUGGACGGCGGUCGACGCGGAAGGUCGAGUUUCUGUCGAUGGACGACAGGACCUACGCAGGGGCGGACGCAAAAAUAUACAUGAGUAGGGGCUAA